CUUUCCCUCGACAGUGAGUUGCAGGAGUCCAUCACACGGUUUAUUUAUUCACACCUUCAACCUCAAGCUCUCAGCAGUUUCGCUCACUCUGUCUCUCUCGAAAUUCGAUUCAAAAACCAGAAAGUAACAAUGAUAAGAACUACUUAUCUAUUGCCUGUAGCAUCACCAGCACUCUUUGCUCUCAAACAAGCGUUGCUUCCCACUCUUAAUUUCUCUUUUUCACUUUCAAAUUGUCACCAACUCUCCACUCUUUCUUCUCUCCAAACCUUUCUCCCCAAACCCUUCAAACCCUCUCCACUGCGGAGCCUGAGACGGCCCCAGCCUAUGGUGGGUCGUUUUCAGUGUCCUAAAGCUUCGUUAAGUGGUGGGAAUGGUAGUUCUGAAGGUGGUAGAGAAAUUUUGGUGCAGCACUUACUUGUUAAAGAAGAUGACCUCAAGCUUUUGUUGGAGCUUCAGCGGAGGAUUUCUGAAGGAGAGGAUUUAAGUGACCUUGCUGUUGAAUACUCAAUUUGUCCAUCUAAACAAGAGGGGGGAAUGCUUGGUUGGGUGACAAAGGGGCAAAUGGUCCCUGAAUUUGAGGAGGUUGCAUUUAGUUCCCCUUUGAACAAAGUUGCAAGGGUUAAAACUCAAUUUGGAUGGCACUUGUUGCAAGUUCUAUCUGAGAGGGAAGAAUCAUCUCUUCAAGACAUUCAGCCUGAACCCGUGUUAGGCCGUCCGAUGGAAGAUGUUAAGUCUACUUAUAACAUCGGAAAAGAGCUCGGGAGAGGGCAGUUUGGUAUUACACAUUUGUGUACGCAUAAGGCGACGGGUGAACAAUUUGCCUGUAAAACUAUAGCGAAAAGGAAGCUUGUUAACAAAGAAGAUAUUGAGGAUGUUCGGAGAGAGGUUCAAAUUAUGCAUCAUUUAACGGGUCAGCCGAAUAUUGUGGAACUCAAAGGAGCAUUUGAGGAUAAACAAUCAGUUCAUUUGGUGAUGGAGUUGUGCGCUGGAGGAGAGCUCUUUGAUAGGAUUAUUGCAAAGGGUCAUUACACUGAACGCGCCGCUGCUUCCUUGUUGAGGACGAUCGUCCAAAUUUUGCAUACUUGUCAUUCCAUGGGGGUCAUUCAUCGAGAUCUUAAACCCGAAAAUUUCCUUCUUCUCAACAAGGAUGAGGAUUCUCCUCUCAAGGCCACCGAUUUCGGUCUCUCUGUGUUUUACAAGCCAGGAGAAGUAUUCAAGGAUAUUGUUGGCAGUGCAUAUUAUAUUGCACCUGAAGUUCUGAAGAGGAAAUAUGGACCUGAAGCUGAUAUUUGGAGCGUUGGGGUCAUGUUGUACAUUCUUCUUUGCGGUGUUCCUCCUUUCUGGGCAGAAUCGGAACAUGGGAUAUUCAAUGCAAUAUUGCGUGGUCAUAUAGACUUUUCAAGUGAUCCAUGGCCUUCAAUUUCACCUCAAGCAAAGGAUCUUGUUAGGAAGAUGCUCACAACUGAUCCUAAGCAGAGGUUGACUGCCAUUCAAGUUCUAGGUCAUCCAUGGAUCAAGGAGGAUGGAGAAGCACCAGAUGUUCCUCUUGAUAAUGCAGUUUUGAGUAGGCUCAAACAGUUCAAGGCAAUGAAUAAGUUCAAGAAAGUUGCUCUCAGGAUCAUCGCGGGAUGUCUAUCAGAAGAAGAAAUCAUGGGGCUGAAGGAGAUGUUCAAGAGCAUAGACACUGAUAACAGUGGAACUAUUACACUUGAAGAGUUGAAACAAGGACUUGCUAAGCAAGGAACUAAGCUUUCUGAAUAUGAAGUUAAACAAUUGAUGGAAGCUGCUGAUGCAGACGGUAACGGUACCAUAGACUACGAUGAAUUUAUCACUGCAACAAUGCAUAUCAACCGAAUGGAUAGAGAAGAACAUCUUUAUACAGCCUUCCAACACUUUGACAAAGACAAUAGCGGGUGA